UCCCUCUGUUCUGUUCUCUUCUUCACUCUCAUCUUCUUCCAGAGAGAAACUAACGCACCCGAUAUUCUCGUAACCGUUUCAUUUUCUCGUCAAAAUAUCGUACUGGUUUUCAUUUUCUCGUAACCUCUUCUACUGCAAGUUCUAGUGCCUCUCGAUUUUCUUCCUCUGUUUCUUCGAUCGCAUUUCAAAUCUGAAAUCAACUAGAGUUGUUGAAGGUACUGUUCCGAUUUUCCAUCGUGAACGCGAUUUCGCAGCUUCUGCUACUUCCAGUGAAUCUUGAUUUUCUUCCUCUGUUUCUUCAAUCGCAUUUUCAGAGGUGAGUUGAAGAAGGAAGGUGCUGUUGCGAUUUUCCACUGUGAACGCGAUUUUGCAGUGUCUGCUACUUGCUGCUGUGUUUGGAGAUGGAGAAAUGAGAAGCUGAAUCGAAGAAAGGAAAAAGUGAAAUUCGAUUCUGAUUUUGAUGUGGUUUUUCAUCGAUUGAAGAGGAGUUUCAACGAUUCUGUUUUAGGAGGUAGAAAAGGGUAUUUAAUUAUAUAUAAGGAAUAAAUUAAGAAAGAUGUUUACAUGCAUAGCUUGUACGAAGCAAAGUGAAGAUGAGGAAGGAGGACCCCGUGAGAGUGGCACGCCGAGUACAAAAGAAGCCGUCAAAAGCCUGACCACGCAGAUAAAGGAUAUGGCACUGAAGUUCUCAGGUGCUUACAAGCAAUGCAAACCCUGCACAGGGUCCAGUAGCAGCUACAAGAAAGGACACAGACCAUAUCCAGACUUUGAUACCAUCUCAGAAGGGGUUCCAUACCCUUAUAUGGGAGGUGCAAGCUCAAGUUCAACCCCUGCAUGGGACUUCACAACCUCUAACUACCCUGGUGGUAGACCUGACCCGAGAUUUGCCGGUGACCGAACCCCUAGAGGGCGUGACUCAGCAUCAGUCUGUGAUGUUGUGUUAGAGAAUGAGGAGGAGCCCAAGGAGUGGAUGGCACAGGUAGAGCCAGGGGUUCACAUCACCUUUACUUCUCUUCCUAAUGGGGGCAAUGAUCUCAAGAGAAUUCGAUUCAGCCGAGAGAUGUUCAAUAAAUGGCAAGCACAGAGAUGGUGGGGUGAGAAUUACGACAGAAUCAUGGAACUUUACAAUGUCCAGAGAUUUAACCGACAAUCUCUCAACACUCCUCCAAGAUCUGAAGAUGAGCAAAGAGAUUCUACUUACUCAAAAUUGACAUCUGCACAAGAAAGCCCCAUGAUCUCGCACAAAGAUUGGACACCGAGGAGUCAAUACAAACCGUCGGAUUAUGGUGGUGGUGGCCACCAGUUCCAUGCUGGGCCGUCGAUGGAACCAUCAAGGCCAACCACCUCUUCAAGGGAUGAGCCUUCUAUCAGCAAUGCCAGUGAAAUGGAGUCAGAAUGGGUGGAGCAAGAUGAGCCUGGUGUUUACAUCACAAUCAGGCAGUUAGCUGAUGGGACCAGGGAGCUAAGACGUGUCAGAUUCAGCCGGGAAAGAUUUGGGGAGGUUAAUGCAAAAACUUGGUGGGAAGAGAACAGAGAGAGAAUACAAGCUCAAUAUCUUUGAAGUCUAUUGCCAUUGCUAACAAGAAGUGGAUGUCCUAAUUAAACUGGUGGAAUCCCCAAUUUUGUUUCCUAGAGAUUGUAAUGGAGUGGAGUCCUAUACAGAGAAACUGGACUGGCUUCUCACACAUCUAUGGUCUCUGGUGUUAAUUUGACAGUGUCACAGCAUAGUGCAAAAUCCAUUUAAUUUUGUGGUGACUCCAUUUUUGCCAAGGAUCAGUUGCCAUUGGAUUGGGAGGUCUAAUCUUUUAUUACAUGCCACAUUUUUUUAAUUCUCUUCAUUUUCCUGUUUUGAUUUCUUUUCAUUUAGAGAGAUAUUUGUUUUAUUAUAGUAGCUGUUACAUUAAUUAAUUAUUACAAUUUGUUUAAUUUUUUCCCAUGUGGAAAUGUGUGAUAGAAGCUUAUGUUUGGCUGCUUUAGGCCAAAUGGUUUUGUUGUUUGUUAACGGGACUUAUUAAAGUAA